AUUGAACACCGGAUGGAUUUUGUCAUUUGAUGUAGUUUGAUCGAUCACUUCCAAACAGAAAUAAAUAAACACAUUUCUUCAUAUAUUCAUUCAUAAAAAAGAUAUCUCCGAAACAAAAGAAAGAACAAUCGCUUUCCUGGUUGAGAAUGCUGAAUGCAUUAGAAAAUAACAUUUUACACAGUUAUUCUCACAAAACUCCUAAUACAUUCUCCACUACAAAUGAUUUUACAAAUCUAUUUACAAUGCUUAUUGCACAACAGCAGCAGAAACAGUUAAAACACACUGAUAGACAAUUGUCAUUGAAAAGUCGAUAUCAAUCGGUGUUCAUGGAAAAUUCGUUGGUUUGUAAGUUUGUAAACAGGACAGAAUCACUGCCAGCUAUAUCAACAUCAGCAAUAACUACAACAACAGCUACAACUAAUCACUAUGAGUUUAAAGCACUGCAACCGAAUCCAUCGAACCAGUUAAGACAACAACUUAAAUUUGGAAUUGACACUAUUCUUGGUACAAUGAAUACAAAUGAGCACUUGAAAAAAUCAUCUGAAAUAAGAAAUGAUGUGGAAAAGUUAUCUGAAGCUAACACCGGCCAAUUAUCAAUGAAAAAUAGGACUUGUAUGAUGACGGCAAAUCAAACAGAGUCUAAUUAUGUAAAUAUAUUGCCUGAUAAACGAAGAAGUGUUUUAAAUAAUGACGAAUCUCCGAUAAAUGUGAUUUCACCUUCAUCUGAAAUGAUGAAAACAUUGUCCAUGACUUAUCAUCUAACACAUCAAUCUCCAAUCUUACUCUCUCAUGAUCAUCAACAACAUCAACAACAGUCGCCACCGACUUCAUCCAGUAAGUCAUCAAUACCACUGCAAUCUUCAUUGUUUCUUUCCUACGGUUCAUUUCCUUUCGUCAAUCGUAUCACAAAAUCAUCUUCUGUUUCAUCUGGUUCUUCAUCAUCUUCCUAUUUAUCACCAACUGCACAGAAUGAACAAAUCUAUUUUCAUGAAUCCCCUAGUAAACUAUGGUCAAAUCCACAAUUACUCAAUAAUAUAAUCAAAACAACUGAAUCGUCAACUGUAAAAAUGAAUAAAAAUUCUUAUUUGACAACAUCAGAGCAUAGUUAUGUAUCGGAUGAUCAAAGUGGAAAUGCUAUGAAUUCUUCAUCAACAAUUGAUCUGUUAAAAAAUAUUGGUCCUGUAAAAUUUAUCAACAAUGGAGCUGGUAUUAUAAACCCAUUGGCAUGUAGCACGAAAUUUGAGAGAGAAUGGCUAAAUCGCCUCUAUGCAUCUCAAAUCGGUCCGAAUGAAUAUUUCUGCAAAGCAUGCGGAAAACAUUUCCAGUUAUUACGUCUUUUAACACGUCAUAUAAAAUGUCACAGCCAGUUACAUAGAUAUUUGUGCAAAUUUUGCUUUAAAGGAUUCAAUGAUACAUUCGACUUGAAACGUCAUACCAGAACACAUACGGGUGUUCGACCUUAUCGAUGUUCGGACUGUUCAAAAGCAUUCACCCAACGAUGCUCUCUUGAAGCACAUGGUCGUAAGGUUCAUGGUCGUCCAUUACAGUAUGCAUUCAAAGAACGCAGAGAUAAGUUAUAUGUAUGCGAAGAAUGCGGUUUCAGUACAACGGAUGUUGAAAAUCUUCGUCAACAUGCACAAACAGUACAUGUAACAAUAAAAUCAUCAAUUGGAGAAACGUUAACAACAAACGCAUCCUCAAACUUGCUUCAGCUAUUUACGAAUUAA